AUGUACUAUGGAGCAACUGUUUAUGUUGGUGAUGGUAUUGAAGUGGAACGCAAACUAAUGAGCUUAGACGUUAGAUCUGAAAAGUUCAACCAGAUCAAACUUCCAGAGGGUUAUUAUAGGAAAAGUUGUUAUAUGAUAGACACGAAUGGACGCAUAAUCGCGUUUUUGACUCUUUCUGAAAUGGACCUAAUACGGAAAGAAAAGCCAAGCUUUUAUGGUGUUAGUGAUGCUGGUGAGAUUGUUUUUGCACCAUCGAUAUUGUUUGAAUCGUUUUAUCUACUAUAUUUUGAUCCGAGGAGAAACAGUAUUAGAGAAGUCUCGGUUGAAGGAAUUGUGGGUGAUGAAUUUAGAAGCCGCUAUGGAUUUGUUAAAGACUAUAUGUACAACAUGAAGGUUUACCCAAAUCACAUCAAGAGUCUCGUGUUUUUGUGA